GACUAGAGCAGAUUAAAGCAGAUUACCUUACAUAAAUAUCUUUCAGAUUGUGAUUUCUCUCCCCCUUAACGUCCAUCUUUUGUAGAUGAAUGCUCCUCUGUCAGGAGGAGAAGGGGAGGAUAGCAUCAUGCUACAGUAUGCUCCUCUAUCAGAGGAGGUGAAGGAACAUGUUAUCAGGUUGUGGUUAAUCAGGAAAGAGUAUAAAUAGUGAGGAAUCAUGAAGGUCAUUGCACACCUGCAGAGAAAGCCACUGAGGUAAGACACACACAAACACACAAUCAAACUUAAACCAUACGUACUUUAGUUUGUACAGUUCAUGUAAUUUAUAGCAUUACAAUUUGAACGGAGCAUCAAAUCAACCACCCUCCGACUCAGUAAUAGUUCUUUCCACAGGCAUUCCGGUUGCUGAACAGCUGUCACAAACAAAUGUGUAUACAUUGUGUAUUAAAUGUAUCCAUAUGAGUGCAUUGUGCACAUAGUCCAUGUAGAUCCGUAGGGUUUUUGUCUUUUUCUGUGGCUGAUGUGUCCUUUGUGUUAAGGCAGGGAGAGGCCAAAGUAUUUGAUGGUGUCUUUAAAACACGUCACAAUACAGUUGAACUUGAACUUGAACUCAUGAUGAAAUGUUGUCGUCUUCGUUACAGAGCGUGACAUGGCGAUGUUUGGAAAGGUUUUGGAGCCGGUGGGCUACAUGCAGACGAUGCGGGGGCUGGUCCAGGGGAUCAGCUCUUACCUGGGGGGUGGGGCAACACAGGAGGAGGCAGCGCUAUCCAGGAAGAACCUGGACUACAUCGACCAGGAGCUGGGCGCUGGGAAACAAGGGCUCCUCCUUGACAAGGAGGUCCACGAACUGGAGGGGGACCUGGCAGUGGUGUACUACCAGCUCGGGACUGCGGUGCGCGCCGAGCCAGAGUUCACCCAGCGGGAGAAGGAGGUAUUCCUCCAGUACAUGACGGACUACCGGCUGGAGCGGCAGCUGACGGCUCUGCACGCCCGUCUGAUGGGGGUUACGGUGCUGACCCAGCAGCCCCCCCUGCUGGAGGAAAUGGUCCAGAACCAGAGGCCCAAACGAUGGGAGUUGAGGGAGUUCUGUGUUAAGAUCAACUUUGUGCUGGGCACCGGUCUGCUGUGUCUGCUGACCCAGGCGUCGCUGACGGGCCGCGACCAGGCGCUGCUCAUCCGGACCUGGUCCGAGCGCAUGGGCGCCCUCUAUCGCCGCAUGAAGACCACAGGCGGGCGCUGCUCCGGCUACUUCCUGGAGCAGGCGGAGGAGGACGUGAGGUCACAGCUCAACGCCGCCCAGGAGAACCGCGCCGCCCCCGACGCCGCCGCCGCCACCAUCCUCGACGCCCUGGAGAAGAACUACGACUGGCUCCGCUGGGCGGUGAUGCUGCACCCCGCCCUCCCGAAGGGGGAGGAGCCGCUGGGCGACGAGGACGGCGUGCCGGCCGAGCGGCAGCCCAAGCACUUCCUGUCGGUGGCGUCGGAGCCGCCGUGCCCCCAGGUGGUGGCGUGCUUCAAGGACCAGCCCACCUCACUGGAUAAGAGCCGCAUCCACCAGCUGAUCGUGGACCUGGAGUGGAAGAUCCCCAACCCGCCCCCGGACGUGUACGCCGCCAUAGAGAAGGACCCGGGCCUCGCCCAGCGCUACCUGGCCACCCGCAUGCUCAGCAAGCUGCAGGAGGGGCUGGGGCCGGGCGUGGCCGUGCACGUGGUGCCCGGGCGCAUGGAGAUGAAGUGCAACUUCCCGACCGCAUCGUAUUACCUGUACGAGUACAAACACCGUCUGGCUACCGGCACCGUGUGCGUGUUCGGAUAGAGAGGGAGGGGGGAGAGGGACAGAGAGGGACAGAGAGGGACAGAGAGGGACAGAGAGAGACAGAGAGGGACAGAGAGGG